AUGGCAGUAGAUUAUAAAAAAUUAAAUAAUAUUACUGUUAAGGAUAAUCAUCCAUUACCCAAUAUGGAGCAAGCAAUACAAUUAUUAUGUGGUAGUUAUAAAUUUUUUUCUAAACUUGAUAUGAAGAGUGGAUUUUGUCAAAUUCUAAUUAAAGAAGAAGACAAAUUUAAAACUGCAUUUAUUACUCCAGAUAGUCUUUUCGAAUGGAAUGUGCUGGCUCAAGCUGAAGCAAAUAAAUUUCUUAGUGCUCUUUCAUGGUAUCGUAAAUUUAUACCCAAAUUUGCAACAAUUGCUGCAUCCAUUCAUGCUAUAACAAACUUAACAAAAACAAAUAGACACAAAUUCGAAUGGGAUGCUUCUCAAUCUCAAGCGAUUUUACAAUUGAAACAAUUACUAAUUACUUCUUCAUUAUUUCUUGAUUCUUCAGAUGAUAAUUAUCCUGUUAUAUUAACAACGGAUGCAUCAGAAAUUGGUAUUGGUGGUACAUUACAACAAAAUAUUAAUGGUCAACGUAAUUGUUUAGCUGAUUAUUUAUCUCGUCAUCCAAUACAAAAUGAUGAAGAAAUAUUUGAUGAGGAUUAUGGCAUAAGCAUGUUAUUUCAGAGGGAACCACCGGUGACGGUACAUACUCUUGUCAAUCAUCCUCCAGUUAUUGGUGCUGUUGUUACGCGUUCAAAAAUGAAACAAAUAAAACGACAACAAAAUGAAAAUGACAAAAUUACACCACCCACUGUAAAUGAUAUACCAUCAUCGUCAAGUAAAGACAAAAUUGAACAUUCAAAUAAAUCUCCAUCACUCUUAAUUACGUCUAACAAUUUUGAUAUAACUCAAAUUAAACUUGAACAGUCAAAAGAUUCAAAUAUUCAGAAGAAGAUUAAAGAAGUUAUGCAAGAUCCAACAAAACAUCCUUAUGUAGUUACAGACUGUUUAUUAUAUAAAGUGAUAUUAAUAAAUGUUGCUAGUAAUAAGAAGAAGAAAUGGUCAUUUUGGCAUUCAACGAACAUAUUUAAACAAUUUAAAAAUAAAUUCUGGUGGCCAAAUAUGAAACAAUCAAUUAUUCAACAUAUUCAAUCUUGUUUACCUUGUCAACAACAUAAUAUUAGUCGUACAAAGAAACCUGAUCAACUUAAUCCAAUUCCAACUCCAGAGGGACCAUUUCAAUUAAUAGGUAUUGAUUAUUGUGGUCCGUUCCAACCAACACCUCGUGGUAAUCAAUAUGUAUUAUGUAUUACUGAUUAUUUUACAAGAUGGAUGACUGCAAUAGCUUUACCUGAUUGUUCAGCAUAA